AUGGAGACCGAAGGUUAUCGUGACCUCCUUGAGACCAGCGAUGGUCAGGGGCUAGGCCACCUGGAUGGAGGAGGUGAGGUGGGGGUGGAGGAGGGCUGGAGCACGGCCUACCCUCUGGGCUACCAGGUGUCUUUGACGGCUGUGCUGAUGCUGGAGCUGGUUUUGGGCUUCAGCAGCAACCUGACCGUACUUGUGCUCUACUGUGCUCAGUCCAACCUGGUGGAUUCAGUCAGCAACUUGGUCACAGUCAACCUCCACGUCCUGGACAUACUGGUCUGUGUGCUGUGUCUGCCGCUGACUGUAGCUGUGAUCCUGCUACCAGCUAAUGGAAGUGGAGUUGGUAGCCUUGCCACGCUGUGCUGCUUUCAUGAGGCCUGUGUCACAUUUACUAGCGUAGCCACAGCAGUGAAUGUGCUGGUGAUCAGCUUGGACCGAUAUGACAUCUCAGUGCGUCCAGCCAGUCGUCUGUUGACCCCCAGGCGUGCUGCUCUGCUCCUGGCAGCAGUGUGGGUUGUGUCUCUGGCUGUCUUCUUCCUGCCCUUCCUUGAGGGGGACUUCUUCUUUUUGAGAGCUGAGGAUGGUGAGGAUGAGAAGCCAGAGGCAGAGAACAAUGACUCUGAACUCACCACUGGAGUGACACCCAUUUUUUCUUCCCUUUCUCCUUCCUCUUUACCCACCACUCACCCCUCCUCCCCUUCACACAUCUUGUCUUCAGCGUGGCAGAACAGGACACUGCUGUGCAUAGGGGGCCAGGGGUAUUACACAGGCAUGGCUAUGUAUUACCACCUGUUACUCCAAGUGCCCUGCUUCUUCAUAGCUGUGGCCGUCAUGUUGUUCACAUACUCCAGAAUCCUACAGGCCCUCAACAUACGCAUUGGUUCCCACAUGAUGAGGGGCACACGUGCAAAGGACUCCACCUGCAGGAUACGAUGCAGAAGGAAGAGGAGGAUGGACCUCAGCUUGUCCACAGAGGUAGUGUCCUCCAACCAGAACCAGAACCUCACCCAUCCUCCCCUUAUACCCUCUCCCACCCCAACACCAACAUCACCCCCACCACUAUCCUCAAUGCCCCAGGGGAUGUCUGACAGUGGAGCAACUGUCACCACUGUUAGUACAGCUGCCACCACCCCCAUCGCCACCACACCGGCAACUCCUGCCUCUCCGACCCCAGCUUCAGCCUCAACCCAGACCCAUGCCACAUCACCAUUGCCUGCCUCAUCCAUGGGUGUCCAGGCCUCAGUUUCCGCCAUCAUUGCUUUGAGGCGGGCUGUACGUAGACACAGGGACCGUCGAGAGCGCCAACGUCGUGUGUUAAAAAUGUCCCUAAUCAUUAUAUCCACCUUCAUGGGCUGCUGGGCCCCUCUGUCUGCAGUCAAUGUUCUCAUCCUGUGUCUGGGUCCCAGCGACAGCCUUGUGCGGAUCCGCCUUUGUUUCUUGGCAAUGGCCUAUGGAACCACUAUCUUUCAUCCUCUGCUUUAUGCUUUCACAAGGCAAAAGCUGCGCCGUGCCCUCAAAACACGUGUCAAGAAAAGGGUAGUGUCCCUUCUGCAGGUGGACCCAGCGCCCAGUGGGGGAACAGUCAUUCAUAACUCCUGGGUUGAGGGGGGAGGCAAGAGGAAGAGUCGCAAGCCUCGGGCAGAGGCCAGCGAUGGCACUGAUGCUUUACAGAGGCAGUGA